AUGGGCGUGGUUACCAACAGCAUCAACAUCAUCGUCUUCUGCAGGCUGGGGUUCAAGGACACGGUCAACAUCACCAUGACGGCCAUCUCCGCGUGGGACCUGGUCAAGGUUCUCUGCGGGAUGGUCCACCGGUUCUUCGGGCCCAUCUCGUGGGUCUCGCCGGCGCUCGGCAAGUCCUGGGAGAACAUCACCUUCACCAAGCUGACCUACAUCCACGUCAUUUCCGGCAACGUGUCCGCGGUGAUCGCCGGGUACGUGGCCGUGGAGCGGUGCCUCUGCGUCAGCCUGCCGUUCACAGUCAAGACAUUGCUCACCCCGAAACUGACCCUCGCCCUGAGCGCCAUCUUGUCCGUGGUGGUUUUCUUCUCCUACUUCUGCAUCCUCCUCAUCUUCGACAUCCGGUGGGUGUACAGCAGCGCGUUCGCCGCAGAAAUAGCCGUGUACGUCUACAACUCAUUCUACUGGACCCACGGGCAGUUGUUCUUUAAGGCCUACACCUGGUUCCAUUUCAUCUAUCCUUUCCUAAGCCUGCUCGCAAUGGUGAGCAGCACCCUCAUCAUAGCGUAUCACCUCGCCAAGGCAUCGCGUUUUAAGAAAACCGCGCUUCGAGUCUUCCACACAGAAACGCCUAGCAAAACAGGACCCCCGCGCAGUGACAUCACCGCAGAGGCCCACUCCAGGCAAAGGCAGAUAUUCCCCGACUGGGUCAGCACGAGAGUUCGGGGUCAGGUCAGCAUGACAUCAAAGGAGAAAAAAGUUGUGAAAAUGUUGCUGGUAGUCAUCGCUGUCUUCAUCGCCAACCAAGGGCCGCGAUUCAUCCACGUCUUCGCCAUGAUAUUGGUUCCCGAGUACUACCCCUUGAAGUCGUAUCACAAUCUCAUCAUGUGCGUCAUGUGUUUUGUGUCAUUUUUAGAUUUCCUCAAUGCAUCCGUCAGUCUUUUCAUCUUUCUGCCCAUGAGCUCGAAUUUCAGAACAGCGUUCCUGCAAAUAUUCCGUGUGAAAUACUCAAAAUCCUGA